AUUAUAUUUAAAUUUAUUUUUCCCUUUUUUAUUCUUUGGAUAAAUAAAAUUUUUUGAAUUUCGUAUUGGAACGCCAUGACUUUAGAUAAAUAUAAUAAAAACAUCACGAAUAAUUUUAAAAAAUCCAAGAGAAUUCAAGAUCCUAUUCAUGGAUUGAUGGAAUUUGAAAAUUGGAUAAUUAAAUUUAUUGAUACCGAACAUUUUCAAAGAUUACGUAAUAUCAAACAACUAGGAACCACUUAUUAUGUUUAUCCUGGUGCUAGCCACAAUAGAUUCGAGCAUUGUUUGGGCGUCGCACAUCUUUCUCGCUCGUUGGUGAAAAGGAUCCAGGAGACGCAGCCUGAACUGGAGCAUGAUGAAAAUGGUUUAAAAUGUGUGACACUAGCCGCAUUAUGUCAUGAUCUUGGACAUGGGCCGUUUAGUCAUCUUUUUGAAAGUGAAUUUAUAUCACAAAAAAGGCCUGAAGAAAAUUGGACUCAUGAAAAAGGUUCCAAAAUGAUGUUUGAACACCUUUUAAACAAUCACGCUGAUUUAAUAAGCGAUUUAGAUACGGAAGACAUUACAUUUGUUGAAAAUUUAAUCGCCGGGGAUCGUACGCAUCGAUCUCCAUAUCUAUUUGAUAUAGUGGCUAAUAAACGUAAUUCAAUCGAUGUCGAUAAAUUUGAUUAUUUGGCACGCGACUGUCACUAUCUUGGAAUGAGAUCCGAUUUCGAUUUCUCAAGACUAAUGAAAUUUUCGCGCGUUAUUGAUGAUCAAAUUACAUACUAUUUCAAGGAAAGCUAUAAUAUUUACGAAUUGUUUCAUACACGGUAUUCUUUGCAUAAGAAAGCUUAUAAUCAUUGUGUUUGUAAAGCAAUAGAUUAUAUGAUACGUGAUGCUUUUUUAGAAGCGGAUUCAACUCUCAAAAUAUCUGACAGUAUCUUUGAUGCAAAUGAAUAUUUGAAGAUGGAUGAUACAAUCUUAAAUAAAAUCGAAUAUUCGGACGAUCCGAGUUUGAAAAAAUCAAAAGAUAUUAUUAAACGCAUUCGAAAAAGAGACCUUUAUAAAUUUGUUGAUGGGUUCUUAGUUCCUAAUGAUCUGAAAGAUAAACUGACCGAGAAAGAAAUAAACGAAGAAAAAAUUAUUGCUUAUCAGAAUAAUGAUGGACUUAAAGUAGAUGAUAUAAUCGUAAAUCGACUUGUAUUAAAUUAUGGCAUGAAAAAUGAAAAUCCAGUGGAUCAUGUUAAGUUUUAUAAUAAAAAUUUACCGAAUAAAGUUUUCAAAUUAGAGAAAUCACAAGUGAGUUACCUCGUUCCAGAACAAUUUGAAGAACUCAAUAUUCGAAUUUUUACUAAAGAUCAUAAAAAAAUUGACCCAAUUAGGAACUGUUUUAAAGAAUUAUUGAAAGAAUAUAUUCCAAAACCGAAAACUUAUUACAAUAUGAACUAAAAGUCAUGAUGAGAUGAAUAUAAUGUUGUUCUAAAAAUAACUUGAAUGAAAAUAAUCAAGUCUUUAGGAUAUAACAUAAAAAAACCUAUAUAUACAAAUAUUUUACCUUUCAAAUUUUGGGGAAAAACAUUGUUUGUAGUCAUUAACGAUUAUAGUAACUCGCGAAAAUUUUAUGAUUUAUGUACAGUAAAGUAUACAAUAUUAUCUUUCAUAUUUUUAAAAAUAAAAAA